UUGACGGGGUUCACAAAAGUGUUUACAGGGAAUCGGGGAAUUGGCUGGGAAUCGAUUGUCAGUCCUUCGCAUUGUGGUUCGUCAAAAGCAACGUUCUCAUAGCAAAAGUUUUUUUUAGCAUUUUCUCAGAGCGUCCCUCCUCUCCAAAAUUUUGUUCCCGUUUUAUCAUUAGGAUCUGCGACUCUCUCCAGGUCUUUCAAAAUGGUGAAAAUGGAGCACGAUGAUGGCAAAAAUGAACCUGAACAUGUUAGAAAGCUGUUCAUAGGCGGCUUGGAUUAUAGGACCACAGAUGAUUCUCUUAAAAAGCAUUUCGAACAAUGGGGAGAAAUUGUAGACGUUGUUGUUAUGAAAGAUCCCAAGACAAAGCGAUCUCGAGGAUUUGGCUUUAUCACAUAUUCACGAGCUCACAUGGUAGAUGACGCUCAGAAUGCAAGACCUCACAGAGUAGAUGGCAGAGUAGUUGAACCAAAGAGAGCUGUACCCAGACAAGAAAUCGGUCGUCCAGAAGCUGGCGCCACAGUGAAAAAACUUUUCGUAGGUGGCUUGAAGGACGAUCAUGAGGAAGAAGAUCUUAGACAAUAUUUUCAGAGUUAUGGCAGCAUUAAUUCAAUUAGCAUAGUAACCGACAAAGAGACCGGGAAGAAGCGUGGGUUUGGGUUUGUCGAAUUCGAUGACUACGAUCCUGUUGAUAAAAUCUGUCUCCAGCGUAAUCACCAGAUUCGCGGCAAGCAUGUUGAUGUGAAGAAAGCUUUGAGUCGAGCAGAGAUGGCGUCAGCAUCCGGAGGUGGCGGUGGCGGCGGCGGCGGCAACCGCGGUGGACAAGGAGUAGGCAGGGGACCACGCGGCGGCAAUCAAGGCGGCGGUAACUGGGGUGGACGUGGUAGUGGCGGCGGCGGCGGUGAUUGGAAUAAUAGCGGCAAUCAAGGUGGCUAUGGCGGGGGUAAUCAAGGAGGUUGGGGAGGUAACGGACCGUGGGAGAACCAGAAUCAAGGACCUUCUUCUCACAAAGGAGGAGGUUGGAAUCAAGGUGGACAGGGUGGUUACAACAGCGGCGGUAACUGGAGCAACGACAACUUCGGUGGUGGUUAUCAGCAAGGUUACGGAGGUGGUCCAGUGCGCAACAACUUUAACUCUGGUGGCAGACCAGCACCCUACGGUAUUAAUUCAGGUCCUAGUGGCCGACAGUCCGGAGACUCGAGAUGGCUACCUCCAUUCGGUGGACAAGGUCCCAUGGGUGGUGGCAAUUCAGGUGGCGGCGGCGGAUACGGAAACCAAGGCGGUUACGGCGGCAAUUCUCUAGGAGGUGGAAACAUGGGUGGCGGCGGUGGUGGCGGAGGCAGCGGUAGAAGAUAUUAGGCUGUGCAAACACAGUUAAUUUCGCUCUCACUGAGCGCGAGGUCACUGCCGUCAUCCUUCCGACUAAGGUCGCCGACUGAGGUAAGUUCAAGUAAUAAGUUAUUAUUCACAUACGCUAACGCAUAUUUCCUGGGUCGCACUUCGUUUCGAGGUCGAAUAUUUUUUAAAGAUUUAUACAUAGAUUUUAGAAAUUUUAAGAAAAUUACAAAUAUUUUUCUAAGAGAAAUAUUUCAGAUAUCGAAAAAAGUAAAAAUUGAAGAAAGUUUUUAGAAUAUAAAAUAGGUAAAACAGAGACAUUAGAUUGUUUGAAGUUUGAAAUGCAGUUAAAAACAUUUUGAAAAAGUAGUCUACAAAUUUCCUAAUAAAUCAAAUAAGAAACUUUGGUUAAAAAACCAGGAAUGUGUUAGUUUACUCAAAAACAAUUUUGAAAAAGAUCAAGCUGUAAAAAUUAGAAAUUUGUUCAAGAUCUUGAAAUCUAUCGAGCUGUGUAUCUUUGGCUGUGCGUGUAAACUGAUCUUAU